AUGGCGAGGCAGGAUGAGCAUGAUCAGAGGAGAUUGAAUGGGAUAGCUAGAGUUGUGAGUGAUGGUGCGGUGGUGGAAGUGGUGGAGACGCCGAGGGAGGUGGUUAAGACGGAGUUGUUUUUGCAUCAGAAGAAGGCGUUGGCUUGGAUGGUGAAGACGGAGAGUUGGGCUGGGAUGCCACCUUUUUGGGUGGAGCAGUGUGAUGGGAGUUUUGUUAAUCAGGUUAUGAAUGUUAAGGUGGCGCAUAGGCCGAGGGCUUUGCGUGGGGGGAUUUUGGGGGAUGAUUCGGGGAUGGGGAAGACCUUGACUCUUCUUUCUUUGGUUGCGUUAGAUAAGUGUAGUUAUGGUGGUGGUAGUGGUAGUGGUAGUGGUUCGGGAAGUGAUGUGGUGGAGGAUGGUAAUGAGGAAUUUGCUAUUUAUCAAGGUAAGGAUCCGAAGAGGGCGAGAGGGAGUAAAGUGGUGGAUAAAAUGAGGAAAAGUCAGAGAGUUAUAGGAGAGCUUAGUAAUGAUCUUGUAGCUUCCAGGACAACAUUGGUUGUGUCCUCGACUUCUGUGUUUUCGACGUGGAAAGAGCAAUUGAAAAAGCACACGAAGCCGGGGAAGUUAAGUGUUUACCUGUAUUAUAAACAGAGGACUAAGGACCCAAUGGAGCUUAUAAAGUAUGAUUUGGUACUCACCACAUACUCUUUAUUGGCGUCUGAACUGGAAUCGGGAUCACCAGUAUUCCAAGUACCUUGGUGGAGGGUGAUUUUGGAUGAAGCACAUCUGAUUAAGCACUCCACUUCUACACAAGCCUCUGCUGUACUUAGGUUAAAUGCUAGACGGAGGUGGCUGGUCACUGGAACUCCCAUACAAAACACCACAAUUGACUUGUAUUCUCUCAUGUCCUUUUUGAGAUAUAAUCCAUUUACAGACAAACACUCCUGGAAAAAGACGCUGCUAAAGCCAGUGGACACAGGCAGUGAGGUCACUCGGUUACAGAUGGUGAGUUGGGGAUUACUUGAAUUCAGGGACUUGCAGAGAAGUUAA